UAAGCCCAUGUUUUUGUUUACUCCAGCGCCUAUCCUCUAAUAGACAGCAGGGCGAUUCACACGCAAGACAUGGCGAAUUGGGUCAUAGUAGAGCUCAAUAGAAACUCCACGAACUGCACCAAAAUAAUCGAAGACAUAGUGAGGAUAGAGAAAAAUAUCUUCCCCAAGCACGAAUCACUUGCUAGAUCGUUCGACGAUGAACUCAGAAAGAAGAACAGUGGACUGCUUUACUCAGAUGUGAACGGUGAAGUUGGAGGUUAUGUCAUGUAUUCAUGGCCUUCUUCUCUCUGUGCCACCAUCACAAAACUUGCAGUGAAGGAAGAUUUCAGGAGGCAAGGCCAUGGGGAAGCAUUGCUGAAGGCUGCAAUUCAGAAAUGCAGAACUAGAAAUGUCCAGCGCAUAUCGCUCCAUGUUGAUCCCACAAGAAUUCCAGCCCUGAAUCUCUACAAGAAACUUGGUUUCCAAGUGGACAAUCUCAUUGAAGGUUACUACUCUUCAGAUCGAAACGCCUACAGAAUGUACUUGGAUUUUGACACUGACUAGUGGAACUCAAACUUUCUGCAAUAUCAACAUGCCGAAUCACCAUCCAGCAGGAUAACAAGAAGCAUUAUGAUCAAGUCAGUGCAUUUUCAGUACUAGCUCCGUUGAACUUAAGAGCUGAUGUUGUUGUCCGAGGGUAUGAUGGAUGCCAUAGCUUCUAAGUGGCCUCAACAGCACUCUCUUGAUGCUGCAAACUCCAAGUUCAGUGACAACCAAUUAUUCCUCUGUUUUCGUUUUGAUUACACCUGUUUGUAACGCAAGAUAUGAAUCGAAUGUGGUAAGUUUACAUUAGCAAAAAUAAUCUUUUCUUCCUACUUGUCAGCAAAGCCCGUAUAACAGCACAAUUUUGUGAGUUACUCUUUCCUCUUAUUUUGAUAGAAUCUAAUCAUGCUACCACAGCUGUGUCCUCUACUUCUGCCGAAUAAUUUUGUUGUUAUCUGUAUCAGCUGUCUUUGAGAAUUUGGGAAAGUAAUUGUAAAGGCAAGUAAACAGCCUUCAAUUUACCCGUGGGAUGGUAGCUUUAGUUUUUUAAUCUCUCGACUCU